GGCGAGAGCGGCGCUCGGGGAGCCGGGGUUCGCGCAGGCGGCAGCGGCUCGUCCCUGAGCUGGAAGCUGGUAGGACUGCUGGCGGCGGCGGGAGCCCCGAGCAGCCGGCGCGGCGGCCCGGAAGGCGCUCGCGGAGAGCAAGCCCCGAAGUUCACUGUUUCAAGAAAUCGUGUAAUGCUACAUUAAUCAGAGAAAGGAAGGAUCCUGAAACUUACGGCCUGAUUGUUGGCAAUGACAUCGUUAAGAGGCUGGCACUCAUUUGUGUUCUAAAUAGCUACUUUAGAACUGUGAAUAGUAACUAUGCAUAUUUGUUGGUCAGCAAAACCAAGGAACAAGAGCUAUGGCAGUUGAAAAAGUCUGUCUAAUUCCAGGGUAUUUUUCCUGGGUGUCAUCAUCAGGGACCUCUUCCCUUUCAUCUCAUCAACAGUGUGGUACCUUUUAUCGUUUAAUAAAGAUUAAGGAUGUGUUCUUCGGUCAACAACCAGAACUCAAAAUCUGCUGGAAUAGAGUCAGAGACCAUUUCAAUUACAGCUGAGGAAAAUGAAAUUUCCAUUCUAUUUGGUGCCUUGUGCAGGGAGCACACUGACUCUUACGGAAACUUCUGAGUGAAAAGAGAUUGAGUUUUGUCUAAUUGAAACUCAUGGUUAUGGCGAGUGACCCAACGUGAUCAGAGGGGGCAAGAGCCACAAAGGAACUCAUGACGGGCUAUACCAUGUUGCGGAAUGGGGGAGUGGGGAAUGGAGGUCAAACCUGUAUGUUACGGUGGUCCAACCGUAUCCGACUCACGUGGCUCAGUUUUACACUCUUCAUCAUUCUGGUUUUCUUCCCCCUCAUUGCUCACUAUUAUCUCACCACUCUGGAUGAGGCUGAUGAGGCAGGCAAGCGGAUUUUUGGCCCACGGGCUGGUAAUGAGCUAUGCGAAGUAAAGCACGUGCUGGAUCUUUGCCGAAUCCGUGAGUCUGUAAGUGAAGAGCUCUUGCAGCUGGAAGCCAAGCGGCAAGAGCUCAACAGUGAAAUUGCCAAGCUGAAUCUGAAGAUCGAAGCCUGUAAGAAGAGUAUUGAGAAUGCCAAGCAGGACCUGCUUCAGCUUAAGAAUGUCAUUAGCCAGACUGAGCAUUCUUACAAAGAGCUGAUGGCCCAAAAUCAGCCCAAACUUUCUCUGCCCAUCCGAUUGCUCCCAGAGAAGGAUGAUGCUGGCCUUCCUCCCCCAAAGGUCCUGCGGGGUUGCCGGCUGCACAAUUGUUUUGAUUAUUCUCGUUGCCCUCUCACCUCUGGUUUUCCAGUCUAUGUUUAUGACAGUGACCAGUUUGCCUUUGGCAGCUACCUGGAUCCCUUGGUCAAGCAAGCUUUUCAGGCUACAGCACGAGCCAACGUUUAUGUUACAGAAAAUGCAGACAUUGCCUGCCUUUAUGUGAUAUUAGUGGGAGAAAUGCAGGAGCCAGUAGUGCUGCGGCCUGCUGAACUUGAGAAGCAGUUGUAUUCUCUACCAUAUUGGCGGACAGAUGGACACAACCAUGUUAUCAUUAAUCUGUCACGGAAGUCAGAUACACAGAAUUUACUAUAUAAUGUCAGCACAGGCCGUGCCAUGGUGGCCCAGUCCACUUUCUAUGCUGCCCAGUACAGACCUGGCUUUGACUUGGUAGUAUCGCCACUAGUCCAUGCCAUGUCCGAGCCCAACUUCAUGGAAAUCCCACCACAGGUGCCAGUUAAGCGGAAAUAUCUCUUCACCUUUCAGGGUGAGAAGAUUGAAUCACUGAGAUCCAGCCUUCAGGAGGCCCGCUCCUUUGAAGAAGAAAUGGAGGGUGACCCUCCAGCUGACUAUGACGAUCGUAUCAUUGCUACCCUAAAGGCUGUACAAGAUAGCAAGCUAGAUCAGGUCCUGGUAGAAUUUACCUGCAAAAACCAGCCAAAACCCAGUCUGCCUACUGAGUGGGCACUGUGUGGGGAGCGGGAGGACCGCUUAGAAUUACUGAAGCUUUCUACCUUUGCCCUCAUUAUCACUCCUGGGGACCCUCACUUGGUUAUUUCAUCUGGGUGUGCAACACGGCUCUUUGAAGCCUUGGAAGUUGGUGCUGUCCCAGUUGUGCUGGGGGAGCAAGUACAGCUUCCUUACCAGGACAUGCUGCAGUGGAAUGAGGCAGCCUUGGUGGUGCCCAAGCCACGUGUUACAGAGGUUCACUUCCUGUUACGAAGUCUCUCAGAUAGUGACCUACUGGCUAUGAGGCGGCAAGGCCGAUUUCUCUGGGAGACUUACUUCUCGACUGCUGACAGUAUUUUUAAUACUGUGCUGGCUAUGAUUAGGACUCGCAUACAGAUCCCAGCCGCUCCCAUCCGGGAAGAGGCAGCAGCUGAGAUCCCCCAUCGUUCAGGCAAGGCGGCUGGAACUGAUCCCAACAUGGCUGACAAUGGGGACCUGGACCUGGGGCCAGUAGAAACGGAGCCACCUUAUGCCUCACCAAAAUACCUCCGCAACUUUACUUUGACUGUCACUGACUUUUACCGCAGCUGGAACUCUGCUCCAGGGCCUUUCCAUCUUUUCCCCCACACACCCUUUGACCCUGUGUUGCCCUCAGAGGCCAAAUUCUUGGGUUCAGGGACUGGAUUUCGGCCUAUUGGUGGUGGAGCUGGGGGUUCUGGCAAGGAGUUUCAGGCAGCACUUGGAGGCAAUGUUCCACGAGAACAGUUCACAGUAGUGAUGUUGACUUAUGAGCGGGAGGAAGUGCUUAUGAACUCUUUAGAGAGAUUGAAUGGCCUCCCUUACCUGAAUAAGGUGGUGGUGGUGUGGAAUUCUCCCAAGCUACCAUCAGAGGACCUUCUGUGGCCUGACAUUGGCGUCCCCAUCAUGGUGGUCCGUACUGAAAAGAACAGUUUGAACAAUCGAUUCUUACCCUGGAAUGAAAUUGAGACAGAGGCCAUCCUGUCUAUUGAUGAUGAUGCUCACCUCCGCCAUGAUGAAAUCAUGUUUGGGUUUCGGGUGUGGAGAGAAGCACGGGACCGCAUUGUGGGUUUCCCUGGCCGUUACCAUGCAUGGGACAUCCCUCAUCAGUCCUGGCUCUACAACUCCAACUACUCCUGUGAGCUGUCCAUGGUGCUGACAGGUGCUGCCUUCUUUCACAAGUAUUAUGCCUACCUGUAUUCUUACGUGAUGCCCCAGGCCAUCCGGGAUAUGGUGGAUGAAUACAUCAACUGUGAGGACAUUGCCAUGAACUUCCUUGUCUCCCACAUCACUCGGAAACCCCCCAUCAAGGUGACCUCACGGUGGACUUUCCGAUGCCCAGGAUGCCCUCAGGCCCUGUCACAUGAUGAUUCCCACUUUCACGAGCGGCACAAAUGUAUCAACUUUUUUGUCAAGGUGUAUGGCUAUAUGCCCCUACUGUACACCCAAUUCAGGGUGGACUCUGUGCUCUUCAAGACCCGCCUGCCCCACGACAAGACCAAGUGCUUCAAGUUCAUCUAGGGGCAUUCCAGUUUGUGGGGAGAGGAUGAGCAGAAUGAGGGAGAUGGAUCCUAAGGUUCCUAGACAUUGAAGGACCUCAGGGACAUUUGCUGGGUGGGCAGCCCAGACCCUCUGCUGGGAGAAGUGGCAGGAAGAGUGAAAAGGAAAUAGCUGCCUCUCUCUUGAAGUCAGCCACACUGGGCCUGGAACCCUGGUUGGAGGACACCAGGGUUCCCUACACAGGGCACUGACUGAUAGCUUACACUGAGGACCAUGGGGACUCUGGAGAGUCACUCACGCAGUUCAUAAGCCCAGGACAGCUGGUUUGUGGUUUUUAAAUUCAGUAAGAACUAUUGUUAUUUAAAAAGAUAAAGUUUCAGAUUUGCCAUGCAAGGCUUAUUUAUAUAUAUGUGUGUAUAUAUAUAUAUAUAUAUGUAUAUAUAUAUAUAUAUACACACACACACACUCACAUACGUAUACAUAUAUAUAUAUAUAUAUAUAUUUCGGGAGGGAGUUUGAAAUUUCUGUCUGUCUCACAAAGUGAGGGACGCGCCAAGGCUCCUGGUGUUCUGUAUUUUGGUAGAGAUGGAUCCUGGCCUUAGGGUAUCUGGCUCAUCCUUGAAGAUCAUCUCCGUUCUCCCCAGGGGCAUCUGUGUGCAGAAACAAAAAGGGCCCGGCUUGGCUCUCUUGUGGGGCCUUCGACGAGAUAAGACCUGUUGGUUUGUUCCUUCCCACUUCCUGUUGCCAACCAGCCAUCUGUAACUCAUGUUCCCCUCUCACUUGAGUCCCGGGGGAGGACUGCACCUUUGGGAACAGCCAAGCUUGCCUGUGCUGGAUGUGGUGGUUUGUGAGCCCUCCUCAUCAGAUCAUGCUGUCCCAGUACUUGACCCUGCUCUUCUGUUCUCUCCCGUUUGAAAGAGGAAUGAGGAAGGAACGAGACCUGAGGACAGCACUCCCUUACGGCUUUUUGUCCAGCCCUCCUUUUGAAAAACAUGUGCUUUGGCUUCAGGUUUUCCUGAAGCUUCUUUGUUGUAUAAGAGAACAGAAAACUGUCAGGCUCCACUUCCAGGUGUGGUCUGCAGUGGUUUGCAGGUUGGCCUGCUCUCUGGCCUAGAACGAGCAAGCAUCCUGUGUGGAUCCCCACCCGGCUGGCCGGGAAGUCUUACCGCAAGGCACCUGCCUUGGGAUAAAUACUUUGGUGAAAUUCACCUUCCCCUCCACCUUAGUCUGAACCUGCAUCCUGUGUUACCUAUAGUUUUUGGAUCCCUAAUGCCAGGUUGGUUCCAGGACGCCCUGAGGCUUGGUAUGUGCCAGAACAAUGGGAGAAUAUGAUUUGUUAAGUUCACAUCUAGCCUGAAAUUUAACAGGCAUUCACACUCUACGUUACCACUUUCCUCUUCUGGUUUAAAUUUCUAUUGCCUGGGCUAAAAAGGAAAUAGGCUCAUUUUUCUUGGUGGAGGUGGCAGUAGGGGAGCUGAAGAGGGUGUUAGUGGCGUUUGGCAGGGAUUUAGCCCAUGACUUCUACCAUUUUUCUGGACCCCACUUUCUUCCAGUGAGGUUGGCUAUAGGUGGUUUCCCACAUCUGAACAAAUGCUCAGGUCUGUGCUGGUCAUGCACACGCCUUAAGCGAGUUCUGUCCUCCCCAGACCUUGACAUCCUGUGCUUCUAUUUCUUGGGGGCACGUUCUUCUCUGACCUGCCUGUACCAACUGGGUUCUCAGCAAGUAUCAUUUUGAAGCCAGGCUCUGUCCUGGAGAUACCACCCGACUGUGGGGCUGGCUUGACCUGCGGGACUGCUCUGCAUCAGCAGGCAGGAGCAGUGCUGCUCCUACGACUCGUGUCGUGCAGAGGGUCCCACUGGCAUCUUCUUGUAGCCCUCCUGCUGAGGCAGCUACCUAGGAAAUUGAGUUAUACGUUUCAGUAACCCAGCAAAGGGGUGCAGACUCCCUGCAUCCUAACUUUCUUACCCUCUUUUCUUGUCUCCUGACCUUAUUCUUUUUAGCAGUAGCCUUCUUCCCUCUGGGGAGCCAAAGAGUGUGGUGUUUUGAGCUAUAUAUGUGGCUGCUAUUUUUAUCUUGUUUAUUUUAAUGUGAGGAACUCGUAAGCUGACUUUCAGUGGGACCUGGUGAGAAAGGAGCAGUCUGUUAGGACCCCCUUUAGUGGAGCCAGGUGGUUGGGUCCCUGAGUGCUGUGCUAGAUCCAGGAGUGCUGAACGGUCUGAGGUGAUGGGUACCAUCCAAGUGUACGGCAGGGAGGGUUAUGACCUCAGAGCUUUAAACAAGGAGAGCGCUGUGUGGACCGGAACCAGACACGAACUCAAAGGACCCCACGCAGCAGGCUGGGGGGCAGGCACACUGGCCACCAGUGGCUUAAAGGAUGGUCUUCUUGCCUGUUGCUUGGUUAGGCGCUCCUGGAGAUGGCUGCUGCUUUCUGCAAGGUGGCGUAGGGAGAGGCCCAGCUCUGUGCUUAACGUGUCUCUGUGUUGAUCAGUCGCCUUGGGAAUCCCAGAUGUCCUCUCUCCCACCUACCUGUGACUCGCCUGGAACGGGAGGACAGCUCUGCAGCCCCCCGUGGGUUUCCUUGGCUGUCCACAGUAACGCCUUGUUGCCUGGUCUUGCUCCCAGGGCCCAGGACUUCCUUGUUCUCCUCUAGCCAGUUUGCUCUUCACCGUGAGGGGCAUCCGCCUCGUGAGAGCCUCCCCAAGGUGCUCGGCAGGCCGUCUGGGCGUCUGCGCCCCGGCAGUGCUCUCCGUCUGCUGUGGACUGUGCCUCACGUCGGGGCGCAGGCCGCGGGCCCUGUCUGCGUGGAGCCGGGGAGUCUACAAGGGCUGCCUGCGGUGUGUUCAGGGGGCUCCUGGUUUGAAGUGAGAUUCUGAAGGGGGGCGCUCUUUGAUAUCCAUGCCAUAUCCAUCCGCCCCACCCCUUUACCAGUCAUGAGCACAAUGGUCUUACGUUGGAUUUUUGUAAAAAAAAAUAAAUGGAGACUUUAACUCAA